AUGCUGGCAUGGCAGGACGGCGGGGCCAAGGCGGCUCCCUCCCACCACAAGAUCUCCUUCUCGGUUCUGGAUAUCUUGGACCCGCAGAAAUUCACCCGCGCUGCGCUUCCAGCCGUGCGUCCGGCUCCCCGGGAAGCCAAGAAAAGUUUGGCAGAGGCCGAAGCAAGGAAGGACGCCAGCCGGGACCCGGUUCCGCAGCGAGAGGCUCCUGAUGCUGCGGACCGCGGCGCCGGCUUGGCGUCCCCUCUGGAGGGGUCGGAGGCGGAGGAGGCGGAAGAGGAGGACGAGGACGUGGAGGACGCGGGGCGGCGGCGCGGGGAGCGGGCUGUGCACCUGCGGGCGGGCCUGACACUCUCCCCCGAGGCCCGGGCCGCGGCGUCGGCGGCGGGGGAGAGCGGCGCGGGCGGCCUCGCGGGCUCCCCCGGCUCCCCGCGGCCCAGGCGCCGGCGCGCGGAGCCCAGCAGCUCCAAGCCGCGGCGCGCGCGCACCGCCUUCACCUACGAGCAGCUGGUGGCUCUGGAGAACAAGUUCCGGGCCACGCGCUACCUGUCCGUGUGCGAGCGCUUGAACCUCGCGCUCUCGCUCAGCCUCACUGAGACGCAGGUCAAAAUUUGGUUCCAGAACCGCAGGACCAAGUGGAAGAAGCAGAACCCCGGCGCCGAAGGUGCGGCGCAGGCGGGAGGUGGCGCGCCCCAGCCCGGGACUGCGGGGGCGAGCGGCGGCUUGGGGGGCAGCCCAGGUCCGCCGGGCCCGGGCGCGCAUCCUUUCCAGACUUUCCCCUCCUACUCCGCGGCCAACGUCCUCUUCCCGGCCGCCGCUUCCUUCCCGCUGACGGCCGCCGGGGGCUCCUUCGCGCCCUUCCUCGGGCCCUCCUACCUGACCCCUUUCUACGCCCCGCAUCUAUGA